AUGAAGUUGGCAUUGGCGGCUGUGGCCUUGAAUGCUAUUCCAGCUUUGGCUGCUGGAGCGUUUAAACUAGAUUUUGAGGUUCUCCAUGGUAACGAUAAGAACGACAUGGGCAGCGAUAGGAGACCUACUUUUGUUAAGAGAGAUGAUACUGAGGAAAUGGUUCUCCAUAACGAACGGUCUUUUUAUAGAGCUGACUUGAAGAUCGGCAGUCUGGGUGAUAAGGUUGGCGUUUUGGUCGACACGGGCUCUUCAGAUCUUUGGGUUAUGCCUCCUGACGUUACUUGUGGUGUUACUCCAAGAAGUAGCCUGGCUAAGAGAGGCUAUGAGCUUACGGGCGUGAAUAAGCGUGAAGAAUUGCCCCAACUGCCUGCAAAGACAAAGAGAAAGAACUUUGCUGACCUUGAGGCGUUGGACGAGGCCAUCAAGGCCCACGAUGAGUUGGAAGGUAACCAGAAUAAGGAACUCGUUGAGCCUUCGAAGGUUACCGAUGUUCCUACUGCCUCCUUGCAAAAUAAGGACUGCAACGGUCUUUUCUGCUUCAGUACAAUCUUUUUCAGUGGCACGUCGGUCCCUUCGGGCCUGAGCGGUGGCGGUGGUAACAGACCUUCUGGCCCAGACGGUUCUAGAACUACAAACACUUGUACUUCCUAUGGUUCCUACGAGACUGGUACUUCAGACACUUGGUCUCAAAACGAUACUGCUCCUGAGUUCUUCAUUCUGUAUGCUGAUGGCACGUCAGCUUCAGGUGUUUGGGGCCAGGAUCACGUUCUCUUUGGCAACACCAACGUGACCGACUUGAGUUUUGCCUUGGUGAACCACUCGGACUCGGCUUUCGGUGUUUUGGGUAUUGGUCUUCCAGGCUUGGAGUCCACAUACUCGGGAUUCACCGUUGUUAACCCAUACCAGUACGAAAACUUGCCUAUGAGAUUGGUCAGCCAGGGUCUUAUCAACAAGAAUGUCUACUCACUUUAUUUGGACUCUCCAAAAGCAAGUACCGGUUCUAUUUUGUUCGGUGCUAUCGAUAGAGCUAAGUACGAGGGCCAGUUGCAAACUGUGCCUAUUGUCAACAUUUAUGCAAGCACCAGAAGAAACCCUAUUCGUUUGGAUAUUACAAUGAGUGGUCUUACGUUUGAGAGUUCGAACCAGAACGAGUCCAUCUCAUCCACAAGCUACCCAGCCUUGUUGGAUUCUGGUACUACUCUUACCUACUUCCCAGAAAAUCUUCUCGAGAGGGUUGCUUCGUUGCUCUCUGCAUCCUACCUGCGUUCAUACGGUUACUACCAGUUGAGUUGUAACUUCAACACCAACAACGCCCACAUUGUGUUCAACUUUAGCGGUGCUCGUAUCAGAGUUCCUGUUUCAGAGUUGAUCAUCAACUCCGGUAGACAAUGUUUCUUGGGUAUCUUGCCUCAAUCCAGCUCCCAGAAUUCUGUGGACUACGCUGUGUUGGGCGGAAACUUCCUUAGAAGUGCCUAUGUCGUUUACGAUUUAGAUGACUACACUAUCAGUUUGGCGCAAGCCAAGUACACCAGCGACGAGGAUAUCCAGGUUGUUCUGUCGCUGAUCCCAGACUCUGAGUCGGCCCCAAGAGCCAGCGCUUCGCCAUCGUUUGGCAGCUCUUCAGACGACGACUCGUCUUCUGUCACUGCCAUCAACUCAGGAAACGUCAGAAACAGUGACGCUUCCAGCUUCCAUUUCAGCUGGCCUUUGGCCGUGGCCAUGGGAGCCGUUGGGAUCUUUGCUUUGGUCUAA